CAUCGCCAUUCACAAACCACGACCCAAUACUACUCUGCUCUAUCUUGUGCGCAGUGCCCCCCCAUUACUCCUCAAACUCACGCAAAUGGAUCUCCUCCUUUUGGAGAAGACCCUCUUAGCCUUAUUCCUAGCCGUGGUUGUCGCUAUUACCAUUUCCAAACUCCGCGGUAAGCGCUUCAAGCUCCCUCCGGGACCCAUUCCAGUGCCCGUGUUCGGUAACUGGCUCCAAGUCGGCGAUGACUUGAACCACCGCAACCUCACCGACCUGGCCAAGAAAUUCGGAGACAUAUUCUUGCUCCGCAUGGGCCAGCGAAACCUCGUGGUGGUUUCCUCGCCGGACCUGGCCAAAGAAGUUUUGCACACCCAGGGAGUGGAGUUCGGGUCGAGGACCAGGAACGUGGUGUUCGAUAUAUUCACCGGAAAGGGACAGGACAUGGUGUUCACGGUGUACGGUGAGCAUUGGAGGAAGAUGAGGCGGAUCAUGACCGUCCCUUUCUUUACCAACAAGGUGGUUCAGCAGUACAGGCACGGGUGGGAAGCGGAGGCGGCAAGUGUGGUGGAGGACGUGAAGAAGAACCCAGAGGCGGCGACGACUGGGACCGUCAUCCGGAGGAGGUUGCAGAUGAUGAUGUACAACAACAUGUACAGGAUCAUGUUCGACCGGAGGUUCGACAGCGAGGAUGACCCUCUCUUCAUGAAGCUCAAGGCUUUGAACGGAGAGAGGAGUAGAUUGGCUCAGAGCUUCGACUACAACUACGGUGACUUUAUUCCCAUUUUGAGGCCCUUCUUGAGAAGCUACCUCAAGAUCUGCAAGGAAGUCAAGGAGAGGAGGUUGCAGCUCUUCAAGGACUAUUUCGUCGACGAGAGGAAGAAGCUUGCGAGCACGAAGCCCACGGAUAACGAAGGCUUGAAGUGUGCGAUGGACCAUAUUCUCGACGCUCAGCAGAAGGGGGAGAUCAACGAAGACAACGUACUUUACAUCGUUGAGAACAUUAACGUUGCCGCAAUUGAAACGACACUGUGGUCAGUUGAGUGGGGAAUUGCAGAGCUAGUGAACCACCCUAAAAUUCAGAAGAAGGUCCGGGAUGAGAUUGAUACGGUGCUUGGACUGGGCGUCCAAGUGACGGAGCCUGACAUCCAAAAGCUGCCCUACCUUCAAGCUGUGGUGAAAGAGACUCUCAGGCUUCGGAUGGCAAUUCCUUUGCUUGUUCCACACAUGAACCUCCAUGACGCAAAGCUUGGCGGGUUUGAUAUCCCUGCCGAGAGCAAAAUCCUGGUCAAUGCUUGGUGGCUUGCCAACAACCCGGCCAAUUGGAAAAACCCAGAAGAGUUCCGGCCGGAGAGGUUCUUGGAAGAGGAGUCUAAGGUUGAGGCCAAUGGCAAUGACUUCCGGUACCUUCCCUUCGGUGUUGGAAGAAGGAGCUGCCCCGGAAUUAUUCUUGCAUUGCCAAUUCUCGGUAUUACUUUGGGACGUUUGGUGCAGAAUUUUGAGCUCUUGCCUCCUCCCGGUCAGUCCAAGAUUGAUACCGCUGAGAAGGGCGGGCAAUUCAGUUUGCACAUAUUGAAGCACUCCAACAUUGUUGCAAAGCCAAGAUCAUUUUAAUUCCAGUCUCCUCUCCUCUCCUCUUUCUUUUUUUUUUUUUUUUUUUUUUUUGGGGAAUUGGCCAAUUGAGUGUUGAAAUAUGGUCAUUAAAAGGUUUUGAAUGUUGAACUUGAAAUGGUCUUCAGAAGUUGCAAUAAGUCAAUAUAUAUUUCCUUCUA